AUGUCCUUCAGUGACCAGCAGUGCAAGCAGCCGUGUGCACCCCCUCCGUGUCUGCAAAAGACCCAAGAGCGGUGCCAGGCCCAGGCUGAGGUGGUGUGCCUCCCCCCACGCCAGGACCCCUGCCAAGAGAAGUGCCCAGCACAAGCUCAGGAGGUGUGUCUUCCUCAGUGCCAGGAGUUAAGCCAAGAAAAUUGCCCACAACAAGGCCAAGACCCAUGCCUACCUCCAUGCCAAGACCAGUGUCUGCCUCAGUGCGUGGAGCCAUGCCAGGAGCCUGCCCAGACGAAGUGUGUGGAGGUUUGCCCACAGAAGGUCCAGGAGAAGUGCUCAUCCCCUGGCAAGGGGAAGUAG